AUGGAGGAACUCUGCUUCCCACAACUCCUCAACUCUUCCUGCAGGAUGCCAGAUCCUCCUGGCUCUGGGACUGUGGUUGUUUAUGUCCUGCUGUACAUCAUCUCUGUGCUCACUGCAGCUCUCAACCUGCUGGUCAUCAUCUCCAUCUCACACUUCAGGCAGCUCCACACUCCCACCAACUUCCUCCUGCUCUCGCUGGCCGUCUCAGACUUUUUCGUGGGGUUUCUGGUGAUGCCGGUUGAAAUCCUCCUCAUGCAGACCUGCUGGAUGCUGGGUGACCUAAUGUGUGCUCUGUAUUACCUGCUGCCCCUCUUCAUCACCACUGCCUCUGUAGGAAACAUGGUGCUCAUAUCUGUGGACCGCUAUGUGGCCAUUUGUGAUCCUCUGCACUACCCCACCAGAAUCACUAAGAAAAGAAUGAAAAUCUCUGUUUGUGUUUGUUGGUUCUACUCUCUGUUCAUAAGCAUUUUCAUUUUUUAUGAUCACCUGAAGCAGCCGGGCAGGUAUAAUUCUUGUCAUGGGGAAUGUCUAGUUGAAAUGGCAGGUGAUGUUGAUCUUGCUUUAGGCUUUGUUAUUCCCAUUACAGUAAUUAUUGUUCUGUACAUGAGAAUAUUUUUGGUGGCUGUGUCUAUGGCUCGUGCCAUGCGAUCCCAGGUUCUGGUUGUCUCACAGCAACAUUCAAGGACUGUGAAAAGUUGUAAAUCUGAGAGGAAAGCAGCCAGAACUCUCAGUAUUGUUGUUUUUGUGUUCUUGAUGUGUUACUGCCCGUACUACUGUGUCUCUCUAACAGGGAGCAAAAUACUGGUUGGCACGUCAAUUGAGGUCUUUAUGGCUUUUCUCAUAUAUUUGAACUCCUGUCUGAACCCGAUCAUCUACGCUUUUUUCUACCCCUGGUUCAGGAAAUGUCUCAGGCUCAUCGUUACACUUCAUAUAUUGCAGCCUGGCUCCUGUGAGGUCAACCUGCUGUCAAGUUACUAA